CCUUUCCCUUUCCCUUUUUCUCCCUUUCCAUCUUAACAGAUCUCAAUUAAUGGCCGGUAGAGGUAAAACCCUGGGAUCCGGAGCCGCCAAGAAGGCCACCUCCAGGAGUAGUAAAGCCGGCCUCCAGUUUCCCGUCGGUCGUAUUGCUCGUUUCCUUAAGGCCGGCAAGUACGCUGAGCGUGUCGGUGCCGGUGCUCCUGUCUAUCUUGCUGCUGUUCUUGAAUACCUUGCUGCUGAGGUUUUGGAACUCGCUGGAAACGCUGCUAGGGACAACAAGAAGACGCGUAUUGUUCCUCGUCAUAUUCAGCUUGCUGUACGUAACGAUGAGGAACUCAGUAAGCUUUUGGGAGACGUGACUAUUGCUAACGGUGGGGUUAUGCCCAACAUUCACAAUCUGCUUCUGCCCAAGAAAACAGGGACUUCAUCGAAGAACGCUGGUGGUGACGAUGAACCCUAGUUCUGUUUGUAAUAGCACCAAAUGAACUGAAUCUUUGAAAUGUUUAUGAAAUGUGGCUCUGGUCAAGAUAGUGUUUUCCUCCUUGCUUUGACAUCUAUUAUUUUGUUAGGUUACGAAUCUUUGCUUAUGGAAUUUGUAAUAGUUCGAGGAGUAGUGCUAGAAUUUCACCUAGUGUUGUGAAUAUCAUCACCAUCAUCUAUUAAUAUCACCUCCUACUUGUUUUUCA